CCAAGCAAAUUUCUCCAUGAGACAGUAGAAAAUGAAUGCCGUACAUACUGUGAAUUCCUGACAGCUGGUGGAAAAAGGACACCGCGCCAGCAACCCUCCACCGUGAAAUUGGCUUAAAGAACAGGAAAAGGAAAAGCAUGGUGUAAAUAAAGAACGAGAAAAAGGAGCUUUGCUCUUCCUUCUCUGCUUCCUGUUCUCGAGUUCUCAGGGAGCGGAAGAAGGGAAGGGCGGGUGGCUGAGGAGGCAGUGAGAGAUGGGCCUCGGGAUCUUCCUCCUCUCCUUCUUCUUCCUCACUGUGCUGCUUGAUUCAGCCAGAUCUGGUGAUACAACCGGUCAGCUUCUUCGAGGUAUCAACGAUUACAGAGUCUCCCUCAACCUUUCAUCACUAACAGAGAACGAGAAUGCAGAUUGCUUGGCUGCACAGCUUGCAUCAGCAUUCAAAGGCCAAGACUGCAGCAACACCACUGGAUCAGAUACUGUUCCCGGCACGGAGGAGCAGUUCCCCGACUUCCCUGAUUAUUUGACCGCAUGCCAUCUAAACGCGACGGUGACGAGAGACGGGUUCAUAAUGCCAGCUUGUGUGCCGGACUUGGCGCCUGAUCUUGUCUUGGCCAACUACACCAAGUCUCAAUACAACCAGAAGCUGAACGACAGCAGCUAUGCCGGAAUCGGGAUUGCUGAGGAAGGCAACUGGGUUGUUGUAGUUUUGACCACAAAUACGGCGACCGGAAACUAUGCUUCAGCUGCAGAUGCAAGCGCUGGUUCAUUCAUUUCAGUUGCUGAUCACAACUAUGCGAUGCUGUUGCUGCUGGGUUUCGCCAUUUACCUGGUCGGCUAAGUUCUUUUCUUGUGUGACAGUGGAAGUGUUCUUUUUCUUUUUUUUUUCCUUGCUUUUUGUGAACUUUUUGAAAAAUUUUAUGUGGCAUAAAAUAUAGUUCGCUCAAAAGGAUUUAAGAGUUAUUAUCUUA